AUGUCCGAGGAGCCACCUCAGAUAGUCAUGGAAGAUGCCCCGCCCUCUCGUCACGAUGACGAGUCCGAGGCAUCCCAAGAUGAGAGCGACGAGGAAGCGCCCGCAGAGCUCAUGGUCAAGACCAGAGCCCGGCGAUCCAAUGCCGGCAACCGCAUGGCCAACCUGCUCGCCAAUGCGGCCGAGGAGGAGGAGGAAUGGGGUGAGGAGUGGGAGGAAGCUCCAAACGAGGAGGAGUUUCAGGGCGAUGCUGUCAAUGAGCAGGAAGACUACAACAUGGAUUCGUCAUCAUCAGACGAGGAUGACGAUGGCGCCGACGACGACGAUGCGGGCGAAAAGGAACUGCGCAAGGCAGAGCGACAAGAGCGGAACAAGAAGCGCAAAGCCGCCACAAACCCCUUCACUGCACGAGUCGCCGCCGUGACACGCAAGAAAGUCAAACUCGAUCUCCCGCGUGCACAAUCGCCCACGCUCGCCCCUCCGCGCCCCAAGAAAAAGUCUGAGAGGGCAUCGUGGCUGCCUACCGAAGAGGAUGGCCCGGUGCGCAUGUCAAUGCGAAAACAGACUGUAGCGAACAAGGACGCCACACUAGCCAAGCUGAAGGAGAAGGACCGGAGGCGCGAUGACACCCUGGCUAUGAUGAAGGCCGCAGAGGCGCGGAAGGAAAAGUCCAAGGAGAAGCCAUUGACGCAGGCCGAACGGCUUGCUGAGGCUGCCCGUAAUGAGCGCAUCAACAAGAAGACUCUACACAGAUGGGAAGAGGCAGAGGAAGCCAGAGCAGCAGAGAGGCAGGCGAAGAUCGACGCCCUGAAGAACCGGCAAAUCGAUGGGCCCUUUUACCGAUACUACAGCGGUCCGGGCAUCUGGGUCGAUGACAAGCUCAAGUACACAGGCAAGGAUGCGCCAAGUCUGGAGCAUCUCGAAGAAAAGCUCAACAAGGAAACUACGGCUGCGGAGGCGCCAACGACACAGACAGAGUCGACAAACUUUCCAGUACAAGCGCCUGAAAUUCAUGCGGAUGAGCAACCAUCAUUUCCCUCUCUGGAUCCGUUCAGUAGCUCAUCACAGAUACCUUCGAUACCAGCAACGAUGCCACCACAACAAGAUAGUUCACAUCAACCAUGGUCAGCAGCAGCAUCACAAGGCGGUGACGUUUUCAUGGGCUCGUUUGGCAUGCAACACCCUAGCACUGUCAUGUUCGCACCUCCGAAUCAAGAUUCGUUUCUCUUUGGCAUCGACCAAUACGCCCAGAACCCGCAAUCCCAGUCCAUGCAUGGCGAUGAACUUCCUCCUUUUCCCUUUACGGAAGCUUCUCCCUUCCAGAACCAAUAUGCGACCUCACAAGCAACCCUCUCCCAACAACUACACCCAUCUCUCAGCGAUCAUUCUCUACUUCAGCAGAACGGCGAUCCAGCAAUAGGGACCCAAGCCCUCAUUGCACAAUUCCAAAAACCAGCCUUACCUCCUCAGCCACCACGACGCAAAGUCAUACGUCGAGCUCUCCGCAAUCUACUAAUCUUGUCAAACUUUCCCAACCUUGACGCCCCACAAACAACAUCAUCGCGAGCCAGAACAGCAGCCUCACUCCUCAAGGAAAAGGACAGGUCAGCCUUGGUGCAACUCUAUGCUGCGCUGUUCAACUGGACUCCUGCCGAAGCUACAGACUACAUACAAAAGACGCUCAUCGCGCCACCGAAGCCACCACGGAAGAACGCUGCGCCAAAAGCCGAGCCAGAAAUCGUGCUCAAACCAGGACAAAAGCUCUGUCCCAUUACCAACACAAUCGCCAGAUACCGCGACCCCGAGACAGGUAUCGCGUAUCGUGAUGCACGCGCUUUCGGUGUGUUAAGAGGUGUGGUAGGAGGCGGUUUCGUAUGGAGUGGUGAUUUGGGAUGCUACGUAGGAGGUCGGGCGAGACCACUAGAGAGUAUGGGAGGCAAAGGGUUUUUG